AUGGGGAAUCAGAUCACUGUUUCUUUUUUUACCAUUUCCAAUCCUUUCAAGAAGAAAAACAAGCCUCUUCCUGUUGAAACCGUGUUCAAGCUUCCUUCUCCACUUCCCUCCUGGCCUAAAGGUGAAGGUUUCGCAAGUGAAAUCAUUGAUCUAGGAGGAUUACAAGUGUGUCAAGUAUCCACAUUUUCUGAGGUGUGGGCUACAAAAGAAGGCGGACCGGAUAAUCUUGGCGCAACAUUUUAUGAACCGUCUUCUAUACCAGAUGGAUUCUUUUUGCUAGGAUUCUAUAGCCAACCCAACAACAAGCCUCUAUCUGGAUGGGUUCUUGCAGGGAAAGAUGCAAAAAAUGAAAGUGCCUUGAAGGAACCAAUUGCCUAUACUCUUGUUUGGAGUAGUGAGUCUUUGAAAAUUAAGCAAGAUGGUGUUGGCUAUAUCUGGCUGCCAACACCCCCUGAUGGCUAUAAAGCCGUUGGACAAGUUGUCACGAGCUCACCUGAGAAGCCAUCCCUCGACAAAAUCCGGUGUGUGCGCUCGGAUUUUACGGAUUCCUAUGAAAACGAUGAUUGGAUUUGGGGGCCAGGGAAGGAUAUUAUUGCAAAUAAUGUGAAUGUGUAUAGCACAAGACCAUUAGUUAGAGGAAUUCAAGCCAUGGGGAUUCCUGCAGGAACAUUUAUAGCCCAAACCAAUGGGGCUGCUGGAUCAACUCUUGCCUGUUUGAAGAAUGCAAAAGCCAACAAAAAUGCCAUGCCUAAUUCAAAUCAGCUCAAGGCACUGAUUCAAGCUUACUCUCCUCAUAUCUAUUUUCAUCCUGACGAGAACUACUUUCCUUCCUCCGUGACAUGGUUUUUUGAAAACGGGGCACUACUAUAUACCAAAGGCCAAGAAUCGAAUCCAAUCGCCAUCAAGAGCACAGGCUCCAAUCUUCCUCAGGGGGGUGGAAAUGAUGGUGCCUAUUGGAUAGACCUUCCUACUAAUGAUGCAGAAAAGGAGAGAGUCAAGAAAGGAGAUUUACAAAAUGCAUACGCUUAUUUACAUGUUAAGCCCAUGUUUGGUGCAACAUUUACAGACAUAGCAAUAUGGAUAUUUUACCCUUUCAAUGGACCUGCAAAGGCGAAAGUCGAAUUCUUCAAUGUUCCCUUCGGGAAAAUUGGAGAACAUGUUGGGGAUUGGGAACAUGUGACCUUAAGAAUCAGCAAUUUCAAUGGGGAGCUUAAAGCUGUCUAUUUUUCUCAACAUAGUAAAGGAGUAUGGGUGGAUGCUUCCGAAUUGGAGUUUGAAAAUGGUAACAAACCUGUGGCCUAUUCAUCAUUACAUGGCCAUGCCUCAUAUCCAAAACCCGGGCUAGUUCUGCAAGGAAAUGGGAAUAUUGGCAUAAGAAACGAUACUGCCAAGGGGAAAAUUUUCAUGGACACUGGAGAAAAAUUUUCAGUUGUUAAUGCAGAUUAUAUGGGGUCUGUUUAUGAAGAGCCACCAUGGCUGAAUUAUGAAAGAAAAUGGGGUCCAAAAAUAAGCUACAAUAUUGAGGAUGAAAUCAAGAAGGUGGAGAAAGUAUUGCCAGGGAAAUUGAAGUCUGCUUUUGACAAGUUUGUUAGGAGUCUUCCUAAGGAGGUAUUGGGGGAGGACGGGCCCACUGGACCCAAGGUUAAAGACAAUUGGCUUGGAGAUGAAACAGAUUGA